CUGCAGGUGAGCGAGUCUGGGCCUGAGGAGGCGGGGUCUCCCGGCCCUGGUACAGCCCGGACGCAGAGCGGUCCUGGCCGCAGCUUUCCUCUCCCCAGGGGCUGCCUUGAUAGGGAAGUUAGGGGUCCUGGGUCCAAGCUCCGGCUGUGCCCUGACUACCCCGCCAGACGUGGGGCGGGGCCCUUUCCCUCUCCGGGCCUCAGUUUCCACAUCUGUGCGAUGAGGGGACGGGAUGACCACGGCAUCCUCGACGUGGAACCGAAAGGGACCCUAGAGCUCUAGUCCACCCCUCUCUCCUUUAUUUUACCGAUGAAUAAACUGAGGCCCAGCCAAGGGAAGUGACUUGCCCAAGGUCACACACAGGUGGCAGGGAUUUGAACCCAGGUCCUCCGACUCCAAAUCCAGGGCUCUCCGCACUGCACCAGGCCGAGGGUCUCUCCCUAAGGUCCUUGCUGGUUGUCAGGGUCAGGACUCAGUGACUGUUCCUGUGGCUCCCCAAGGAGCAGAUUCGUGCCCACCAAGUGCUGAGUGAGCUCUGAGGCCAAGGAGGUCUACACAUCAGCCCUAAAGGCUUGCUGCUCCUUACGCUCUUGAGAUCCUCAUCUGUGUACAAAGACAGGAAGGAGGCUUCUCAGAGAAACAAGAAUCCUGGCGGCAGCUCGGGGGUCAGUGCCUUUUCCACCUUCCAUCAGCUUCUCUUCAUCUGAGCUCCUUCAGCAGCAGAAGGUUCUGCACCACCUUAAUGGUCUUCAACAUGGAGCUGGUGACCUUUGAAGAUGUGGCUGUGUAUUUCACACGGAAGGAGUGGGGAUGGCUCGAUCCUGCUCAGAGGGAUCUUUACAGAGAUGUGAUGCUGGAGAACUAUGGGAACUUUGUGUCAAUGGGCCUUCCAUUCUCCAAACCUGAUGUUAUUUCCCAGCUGGAGCAAGGAGAAGAGUCAUGGGUUGAGGAUAUGCAAGAACCUGAAGAAGAACUUUCUCCAGUUGUUUACAGUGGUUUUAAGAAACAAUCUGAGAAUGAAAAUUUUACUCUAAGGGAGGAAAUCCCUAAAACAUUUGAAGUAUAUGGAAAUAUGAUAGAAAAAUCCCCAAGGGACAUAUUUCAAACCACAGAAUUUGGACUAGCCUUUGGACAGGAAAAUAAUAUAGACGGGCAGACAAGACACUUCUCAGAGGAAAGAUGGAGUAAAUCAGCUUUGCAAUCAAGAGGCUCUCAGCAACUGAUGAUUUUCCAUAACCAGAUGUCUGGAAAUGGAGGCCAAGAAUAUAAUGAAUUUGGUAAAACCUUCAAUUGGAACUCAAAGCUCAUAACUCAUCAAAGAAUUCCUAAAAGAGGAAGAGGCCGAAAUUUUUCUCAGCAUUUAGCCCUUAUUCAACACCAGGGAAUUCACAGUGGAGAGAAACGUUAUGGAUGUCGUGAUUGUGGUAAGACCUUCAGUCAGAAGUCAGGAUUUACAAGACAUCUGAGAAUUCACACUGGAGAGAAGCCCUAUGAAUGCAAUGAAUGUGGGAAAAGCUUUAGUCGUAGCUCAAAUCUCACAGAACACAAAAGAAUUCAUACUGGAGAAAAACCCUACAAAUGUGACAAAUGUGAUAAGGUCUUCAGGCUAAAAUCAAAUCUCAAUUGUCAUGAGAGAGUUCAUACUGGGGAGCGACCUUAUGAAUGCAACAUCUGUGGGAAAAACUUUCCUCAGUUGUCCAGUGUUAUGAAGCAUCAGAAAAUUCAUACUGGAGAUGGCACUUGUAAAUGCAUUGAAUGUGGGAGAAUCUUAAGUAGCCAGCUCCGCCUUAUUGAACACUGCAGAAUUCAUACUGGCGAGAAACCUUUUCAGUGUAGUGAAUGUGGUAAAGGCUUAAGCAGCAGGUCAAGCCUUCUUCAGCAUUACAGGAUUCAUUCGGGUAAAAAACCUUUUAAAUGCAAUGAGUGUGGAAAAUCCUACCGUAAAUUCUUAGGAUUAAUUGAUCAUCAAAGAUACCACACUGGAGAGAAACCUUAUAUUUGCAAGGAAUGUAAAAAAGCCUUCAGCCGCCAUUCGGUCCUUAUUCGACAUCAAAGAUCUCACACUGGAGUGAAACCAUUUAAAUGUGAUGAAUGUGGAAAUACUUUCACUCGAAGAUCUGUCCUUAAUGAACAUCUAAGAAUACAUUCUGGAGUAAAGCCAUAUGAAUGUAAUGAGUGUGGGAAAACCUUUACUCGAAACUCCACCCUUAAUGAACAUCAGAGAAUUCACACUGGGGAGAAACCUUAUGAAUGUAAUGCAUGUGGGAAAACCUUCAGAUGUGGCUCAUAUCUUACUAUACAUCAGAGAAUUCAUACUGAGGAGAAUCCAUAUGCAUGUAACGUAUGUGGGAAAAACUUUAGUUUGAGCUCCACACUUAUUCGACAUCAGAGAAUUCAUACUAGGGAGCAACCUACUAGGCUCUAAGCUACUUGAGUCCAGUGACCUAAUCUUAGUUAAACUUUGCAUUUUCCCCUACCUCUGCACCUUGCUUAGUUAAUGGUUGAAUUGAAUUAAAUGUUAUGAACAUGGAAAUGCCUUCAGAGUUCUGAUCUUAUCAGAUAGUAGAGAAUUCAUACUGGAGAGAAGCCAUGUGAAUAUAACAUAUAAAGAAAAGCCAUUAUUUACCAGUCAUUUCUCAUUCAAGACCAGAGAACUUACACUCCAGUUAACUUACAAAUGAAAUAGUCAUUGGGAAUGGACAGUCUUACAGAUCAGAUGAUCUGUGGUAUGUCACAUUCUUAUAAUAGACUACAAGGUUUUUGAGGGUAAUGGCUAAAUUUUUAAAAAUUCAGAAUGUAUAGCAUCCAGGCCUGUGCCAUUUUUAGAGACAGAUACUUAGAGACUUAAUACACACUUGUUCAUUAAACGACUCAAUUGAUGACUGUAAAUUCCUUCAGUGGUAACUCCCUUAGUCAUUAUUUGAGGUUCCCAUCUUGAAGAAGGAGUAUGAGUAGGACUGGAGAUUGUCAUGGGAACACAGGUCAUAAUUAAAAUCCUGUGAGUUAAUAUGGUCCCUAAGCAAGUGUAUCCUUAGAGAAAACAUGACCCAGUCCUGACACCUAAGAAAUACCAACGUUUGAAGAAUGGUAAGAAAUGGAAUAAGUACUUAGGUAGUUGGAAGAAAGUCAUUGCAUCACAGAAAAGUCAAACUAAAUGGGUUUUAGAAAUCAGUUGUCCAGCUUCAGUAUGUAUAUCCAAAAGCUUGCUGAAUAUCUCCAUCCAGUUGUCCUGUCAACAUCAAAACUGAACUCACACUUUCCUUCCUAAACCUGUGCCUCCUCUAAGCUGCCCUUUUUCUCUUGAGGGUACCACUAUCCUCAGAACCUCCUUAAUUCCCACAGUCCUCCCUCAAUCCCCCUAUAUCCAUCCAGUUUCCAUUUCUUGCUGUUUCUUUUUUCGCAGUGUCUUUCUAAUCCAAUCCCUUCCUUUCACUCACAUAGACAUUGCCUUAGCUACUUAAUACCCUUAUAAUUGGUCUUCCUGCUUUUAGUCUCUUGCCUCUCCAUUCCUUCAAACACCUUCCAGAACAAUCUUUCUAAAGUAUAACUGUGACCAUGCAUUUCUUCUGCUCAAACAACUUAAGCAGCAUCACAGUAGAGUGUCAUGGCCUUGAGGGCAAGGAUUUUUUGUUUGUUUUUGUCUUUUUAUCUUCAGACCCUAACAGUACGGUAUCUUGAAAAUAAUAGGCAUUUAAGAAAUCUUUUAAAUUUGUUGUUCUAAGUUGAAAGAAACUGAAACACAAAGGGGGAAGUAAUGGACCUAAGGAAGCCUAGAACUUAAUUCUCCUGACUUUCAGGUCAGUACUCUUAACUGCUACCUCUAGUAAAGUAUUACUGUAAUUCAGCAGUCAGAUGAAUAGAAGUUCUCCACUGGUGAAUCUAGUGGCAAAAAAGGCUCUCAUCUGUUUAGGGGGGGAAGGAUGUAGAGGGGAGCAUUAAGUGAAAGGGCCUACACUACAGAAAAUUGCUGAAUGGCUCUGCCAGCCUGGGGCUGAAAAACCUAGAAUCAACUUGGUCUGAACUCUUGGGUGGGGAGUAGCCUAGAGGAAGAGUUGAAGAGAAAACUGAAGAAUUGCCACAUUAUGGCACUUAGAUAGUGGUGGCUUUAGAGAAUCUUAAGAAACUUAAUUGUUUCCCAAAGGGUAGGAUGUUUGAUCAUGUGCAAUGCCACUAAAAUCAUGAGAGGUGAGGAUUCAAAAGAUAUAAUUGUAUUGAGCUAGGAGAGGAUAAAUAACUUCAGAGAUGUUUGCUACCAACCUCACUGCAUAUUUGCCGUAUGUGUCUAUGAACCAUGUUAGAGUGCCUAAAAGAGAAGACAGAAUCCUUGAGCCUGUUGAAUUUGGGCAGCACGAAGAGGGAGAUAGUAUCCAAAGUUGUUGCUGUGCAAAGGAUUGUGGGGAGGGGUUCCAGGGGGAUACUAAUAAAUUAGGAUUCUGGCGUGAUAUAGUGGAAAAUACUCUGGAUUCAGUACCUCCCCAAUAAAAUUAGGGAAUUUGACUAUUCUGGUAGAUGCCAGCCAUGGGCCAUGGGUGCUACAAAAUUACUGUAUCAUAGAAGUUCCUGAAUGCAUACAAACACCAAGCUCUGCUGUUUUGUUCUUUAACUCCAAAGAAAUAGGUUAGUAUGAAUAAUGGGGUUUUUGUUGACCAAUUUUAUAUUAUUGAUGUUUCAAUUGUGCCUAAUAAGAAAAAUUUUUUCCUGACCUUUCAGAAUGAAAUAUGACCUUUACUUUUGCUGAAACCUGCCCCCUCCUAGAGUGGGUCUUUGGAGUUGUCUACUGUCUGAUUUCACGAGGUAUCCAAUUUGCUUUUUCACUGAUAGUACUGUUUUGUUUUUGAAUGAUUAUAUUCUCUUUCAGCUUAAUCUAGUUUAUAUUUUUUUCUAUGAUGAAAGGUUCUAAGACUAUAUUGUUCUAUUUUAGAGAGUAGUAGCUUGUGAAUUUUUGUGAUUUCACUAGUUAUUUGGGCUUGGAGACUCUCCUACUAGAAAUCAGUUUUGGGUGUUUAAUUUACCCAGGAUAGCUUUUUCCCUAUCAAUUUGUAAGAUGUGUUUUAGUGAGAAUGCUGAAAAGAACAAUUAGAACAUUCAGAAACUGAUGGAUUCCAGUGCCCUUCGAGGAGCCUUCAUAUAGAAGCAUGGUGAGCACUAGAAAGGGGGCUUGCAGUGGGCUUGCAGAUUGAAUUGCUUGUGAGUCAUGUUUAUGGCUGUGAACGGUUGCUGUAUUUUCAUUUUCAGUGGAGGCUACUGUGUUUACAGCAGAUUUUUGGAGUAAUGUAAGUGUAAGUGAAGUAGAAUUAUAAUAAAUAAGCAAAAGUACCUUCUGUAGGCUGAAUAUGAUCUCACAAUAUGUAUUACCUUUUUUCAAAUGUGUGUAGAUUCUGUUGUGAUUAAUAAAAAUACAAGAUUAUUUA